GCGAGAUUUUAGCUUGGCGCCGUGACCCCCCAUGUGAGAGCAGUUCCUAGUAAACACUCCCUGCAGCUCAGACAUGGCUUCCUACCCCUUGCGAGAAUAGAACGAAGCAGCGGCUCCGAUUGCCCCCCACUGCAUUCUAUUUACCCCCCCUUGCAUGCAGAUCUGCCGCGAGAAGCCCAUCGCCCGCUGCUUUUCUUCUCCCUUUCUUUUGUUUUGGGUCCCCGUGUGAUUUUUGUCUAUUGUUGCUUUUCUUAAUUGCAAAAAAAAAAAAAAAGAAUAACAAAUCAGUAAGGCUAAGCCUGCUCGGGGCGGAAAAAAAUAUUCUAACGGAAGAUCAAAAUAGGUAAUAUUUUAAUCCAACAGCUUUUGGUGGCUAGACGGGAGGUGACAAAAGAUGUGGAUCCAGGUCAGAACCAUAGAUGGUACGGAGACCCGCAUCAUAGAUGACCUGUCAAGGCUCACUCGGAUCGAAAGUCUGAGAGUCAAGAUCCAGGAGAGCUUCAACGCGGCCCCGGACAGGCAGCGGCUUUUCUACCGGGGCAAACAGCUGGAAGAUGGACACACCCUGUUUGACUACAACGUCGGCUUGAAUGACAUUGUCCAGCUCUUAAUCCGGUCGCAGUCUGAUGAUGCUGCUGCUAGUCCUACAUCAAAGAAAAAGGAAGUGGAUGGGAAGGGGCACUCCAAUUCUGCCAACAAACACAAGUCACGAGCCGGCUCCCCCCACAGCGAACCGACUACCUCUGCUCGAGCUUUCCUCAUUGAUCCUGGCAUUGGCAUCUAUAAGAUCAAUGAAUUGGUGGAUGCUCGUGAUGUAACUAUUGGAGCGUGGUUUGAAGCACAGGUUGAAAAUGUAACUCGACCCAAUAAAGGACAGAAAAACGGCAAAGCUCAUGUGAAAGGUGGCAACUCCUACAAAGGGACUAAUGGAAGUCUUAGCCAGGACCAUUUAAGAGAAAACUCACAUCAUUCGGAUACGGUCCCUUCUACUUCUUACUCUAAUGAUCGCGCCAAUGAUGAGGAUGUGGUGUAUCAUAUCAAAUAUGAUGAUUAUCCCGAAAAUGGCAUUGUCGAAAUGAAAUCCUCCAACCUGCGACCAAGAGCAAGAACUAUCCUAAAGUGGAGCGACUUUAAAGUGGGUGAUAUUGUAAUGGUGAAUUACAAUAUAGAAACCCCGGAGGAACGGGGAUUCUGGUUUGAUGCGGAAAUCACGAACUUGAAGGAGAAUUCAAGAACUAAUAAGGAAUUGUAUGUCAAGAUUUUACUGGGUGGCCCUGAAGAUGCCAUAAAUGACUGCAAGAUUAUUUUUCCUGAUGAAAUCUACAAGAUAGAAAAACCAGGAGCUUCUCCCCUGUCUUCUGGAGAUGGCGAUUUCAGAAGGAAGAGUGGCCCUGAAUGUAAGCACUGCAAGGCAGACCCAGAUGUAGAAUGCAGGUUCUGCUCUUGUUACAUUUGCGGAGGGAAGCAGGACGCCCAUAUGCAGCUUCUGUGCGAUGAAUGCAACAUGGCCUAUCAUAUAUAUUGUCUGAACCCCCCAUUAUCCAAGAUACCUGAAGAUGAAGACUGGUAUUGUCCUUCUUGUAAAAAUGACUCCACUGAGGUGGUGAAGGCUGGUGAAAAACUGAAGCAGAGUAAAAAGAAAGCAAAGAUGCCUUCAGCCAGCACUGAGAGCCAGAGGGAUUGGGGCAAGGGAAUGGCUUGUGUUGGCCGCACUAAAGAAUGCACCAUAGUCCCCUCCAAUCACUACGGACCUAUUCCUGGUGUUCCUGUAGGUGCAACCUGGAAAUUUAGAGUGCAGGUCAGUGAAGCAGGAGUUCAUCGGCCUCAUGUUGGUGGAAUUCAUGGACGCAGCAAUGACGGGGCUUAUUCGCUUGUGCUUGCUGGUGGAUUUGAAGAUGAAGUGGACCGUGGAGAUGAAUUUACAUACACAGGCAGUGGAGGUCGAGACCUAUCUGGCAACAAAAGGAUCGGGGAACACUCUUUUGAUCAAACAUUGACUCAUAUGAACAGGGCCCUGGCCCUAAACUGUGAUGCCGCCCUGAAUGAUAAAGAUGGAGCUGAAUCUAAGAACUGGAGAGCUGGAAAGCCUGUUCGCGUAGUUCGCAGCUCAAAAGGACGCAGGAUUAGCAAAUACGCCCCUGAAGAUGGCAACAGAUAUGAUGGCAUUUACAAGGUGGUCAAAUACUGGCCAGAAAUAGGCAAAUGUGGCUUUCUGGUAUGGCGGUACCUGCUACGGAGAGAUGAUGUUGAGCCUGCCCCUUGGACAGCAGAAGGCAUUGAACGGUCAAAGAAACUCGGACUAACCUUACAGUUCCCAGAAGGGUAUCUGGAAGCAAUGGCUAACAAAGAGAAGAAGGUCAAGAAGCAGCCGGUGAAGUCUGAACCCAAUACUCCAGCUCCUCCGGUUAAUCCCGGUCUUCGCAGUGGUUCAAGCAGCAAGAAUAAGCAGAACAAUACAGAGCAAACUUGCAGCCAGGCCACUGACACUGACAAAAAGGAUACCACCAGCCAGAGCAACGGUAGCCAGAAAAGGCCAAGUGAAGAUGAUGAAGCAGAAAAAGUUUUACCCCCAUCCAAGUCCAUAAAGCUCUCAGAAGAAGGGCGAGGGGAGUCUUUCCAGCUCACUCAACAGCAGCACUGGCUUAUUAAAGAGGACAGUCUUAAUCAAAAGCUGUGGGGUGAUGUACUCUCAUCCAUCAAGGAAGGACCGAAUUUUUUGAAGAAAGUGGAGCAAACCUUCAUGUGUGUGUGCUGCCAGGAGCUAGUCUAUCAACCAGUGACUACAGCAUGUCUUCACAAUGUGUGCAAGAGCUGCCUGCAGCGUUCCUUCCGAGCAGAGGUCUUUACAUGUCCAGCUUGUAGAUACGACCUUGGAAAGACUUACACUAUGGCUAUAAAUAAGGUGCUACAAACCCUGCUGGACCAAUUCUUUCCUGGAUAUAGCAAAGGACGAUGAUUUGUUAUGCUCCUACGCCUUUUCUGCUUUUUGACUUUUUAUAAUUGUAAAAGGACAAGCAAAGUGAUAAAAAUAGAGGAAACAAAUACACAUGUGGACCAAUAAACACCAUGGAGCUCUGCGGCUUAAACCACGAAUGCUUCUCCCCCCCCCCUCAUGUUGCCACUCUGUCGCUCAACAUCCAGAGGUAGUAGUUUCCUGUAAAGCUACAGAUCAGAAGAGAUCACACCACAGUCUGGACAACUAACCUGAAUUUUAAACCGUGCUAGUUUUAUUGAACUACCUCAAGACAGUGAAGAACAACAUGGGACAGAGAGCAAAAGAGAAAAUGGUCAACUUAUCUUCAGCAUUUCACCAUACUUUAGCUGAGCCUGGUCCAAAAGGUUUUUCUCCUAUAGAGCCGAAGGUGUCUACAGUACAUUGCAGGGUAAUGUCUUGUAGACUUUUGUAAAGCUCAAGGGCUUGGUGUACACUGACAGCACUUAGAAACAGAGAAAUGUGUUAGAUGUAAGGACAGCAUAAUGUUUUCCCCUACAUCCUCUCUACUGUUUUUAUUUUUUCUUUAUCAUUUUUAUGCAAAGCUUAUUUGUUGCAUAUUACCGUGAGCCUCUCUCUGCUUCAUAUUUUGUACCUUAUGCAAGUUGACUACUAAUACCUAAUGAGAACAAUAUGUAUGGAUUGUUGCUACAUUAGUGUAACGUGAUGUGUUGUUUUAAUUUUUUUUUUUAUUUCUUCUUUUCUCUUAGAAAUAAGACAGACACCAUAGCUGUGUGAUUUUUGUAUUCUCUAUAAAAACAAGCCACUUUUGUAUUAGUUUAAAAUGUAUGCUUUAGUAGGGCCUUGUUUUAGUGGCAGUUCAAAGCAUUGCAGAUGGGUGGCAGUAGUAGGUUGGAGAGGGUCAGAAAUCGCUUCCUGUUUUGAUUUUAAAUUUUAUAUACAGUAUAUUCCUUAAAUAUACCAUAUUAAAUAUUUUAUGAUUGA